CCUCCCUGACACUGAGGAGAGAGGGCAGCCAAGAUGGCAGCCUCCAGAGCUGCUGCUGCUGCUUUUUGCCGGCGCUCGGCUGCUCGGCCCGGGCGGCUCCUUUGGCGGGGCCUGUGCAGCCAGGAGCCCGACCGAGAGACCCACUUCGGCUUCCAGACCGUGUCCGAGGCGGAGAAAGGAGAGAAAGUGUACCAGAUUUUUGAGAACGUGGCCAAGAAGUAUGACCUCAUGAACGACACUAUGACUCUGGGGGUCCAUCGGGUUUGGAAGGACGUCCUGCUGCAAUACAUGAACCCGUAUCCCGGGGCACAGUUACUUGAUGUCGCCGGCGGGACAGGUGACAUCGCCUUUCGCUUUCUCAACUCGGUCCGUUCCCAUAGGGAACAUCAAGUCCGACAGAAACUGAGAUCCCACCAGAAUCUGUCAUGGCAGGAGAUUACCAAGCUUUACGAAGAAGAGGAGCAGCAGUCGCUGGGCGGAUCCCACGUGGUGGUCUGCGACAUCAACACAGAAAUGCUCAAGGUUGGGAAGAAGAAAGCACAGCACCUUGGCUACUCAGAAGGACUGUCCUGGGUGAUCGGCAAUGCCGAGGAGCUGCCCUUCAACGACGACAACUUUGACAUUUACACAAUUGCUUUUGGUAUACGGAACGUCACUCACAUGGACCAGGCCCUUCAGGAGGCCUAUCGAGUGCUGAAACCCGGAGGGCGGUUUCUUUGUCUGGAAUUCAGUCAUGUUAGUAACUCCAUCAUUUCAAGUUUAUACGAUCUGUAUAGCUUCCAGGUGAUUCCUGUGUUGGGUGAAGUUAUUGCUGGCAACUGGAAGGCUUACCAGUAUCUGGUUGAGAGCAUCAGGCGCUUUCCUACCCAGGAAGAAUUCAAGGAGAUGAUUGAAGAUGCAGGCUUCCUGAAGGUGCAAUAUCAAAACCUGAGCUCAGGCAUUGUGGCCAUUCAUUCGGGUUUCAAGCUGUGAUGUUAUUUUCUGAUGCUAGCAAUUCACCCCGUCGGCCUUCCAGCAAACACAGUGCCAAUGAGAAGCUGAUCCCUUGGAAGCAUCAAUAUUGCAAGCCUUGGAAGGGGCAGCUGGUCAAGUGUCUCUUUGUUGUGCUGGAUGGCAACACUCCAAGGCCUCUACCAUUUGAAACAGACUUGAGAAAAAUCACUUUUAUAUCCCAUUAGGGUUUUUUAGGAGAACGGUUUCAUUCUAAGGUUCCAAGAGUUCUUUUUCUACUGAACGUAGCAGUGGGUACCAAAGAAAAGACAAACUGGCCUGUAAAAGUCUGUAUUUCUAAGUAGGUUUGAUCUAUUCUGUCAUCACAGAUAGGAACAAGAGUGAUAUUUUUUUGAUAUGCUUAUUAAAAAUAUUUAGGUUUUCA